CUCUCACCCUCAGAUACCUCGUACCACAUACCUAUCUACUCCACCGUACAAACACCAUGUCCUCCGUCGUCAACAAAAUUAAGCAGAAGACCACCGGCAAGGGCAAUACCAACUCUGAUUCUGCCCCAACCCAGGGCAGUCAGCCCACCUACAGCAUCCAGCCCCACCCUGCUAAAACGAACGAUCCUCGCGAUCUUGAGCCCCCUCAGCCCGGAGGUGGCCUGAACAGCAACCCCGAGUACGGCGCAUUUCAUGCGCGGGAUCCUUACAUCCCACCCGCGCACAUCGCGAACAAUCUCCCGCCGCCCCAGAGCAGAGAGCAGUUGAGGGCUCGCCAGGCGGAGCUCAACAAGGAUUGAGGAGCGAAUAUGUCUCUGUUUGGGGCACAUCAGUAGCAGCGAAUGCAUUGCAUGUAGUUUGUAGGAGUAAAUCUCGGAGGAAUCGCAUCGGAUCGCACUUGGUCAUAGGAGAGUGCCUACUUAUGCAUUGAG